GCGGGAGGUGAGUGCCGCGGUUUUGCGGCGGGGCGGGAACUGAGAGACAGCCGUGCUCGGUGUGGUGGCCUGGCUUUCCCGGCCGGCCUGUCUCCAGCGGCGCCGCUCGGUGGGCCAGGCUGUCGCUCCGCUCAGGGCCUGAAUAAGUUCCCUCGACGGUCGUUCGAAAGUUACUUCCGGAGGGGAAUUUGAGCCCCCCGGGAGGCGGAGGGCCUCGCCGGGGGCAGCUCUGCGCUUUCGUGCGGAGGCUGGGCCAGAACCCAGGGCUUCUCAUGGCCUGGUCCGGGCCUUUCCUCCCACGGGUGGAGCAGUAGGAGAACCCUGAGCUCCAGAGUGAAUCUGGUCAGGGUUCGAAUCCGUAUGGCUCUGUUACCGUGGGCAAGUCACGGUUCCUCUCUGGCCCUCAGUUUCGUCCUCUAAAAUGGACGUACACGCUUGUACUGCGGAUAAAGCGAGGUGGUGAAUGUAAAGCCCUUAAGUGGUGAGUCGGAAGAGACGUCAGGCAGCAAGCAACUUGGGCCAUGGCCUCUGACCUAGACUUCUCACCUCCGGAGGUGCCCGAGCCCACUUUCCUGGAGAACCUGCUACGGUACGGACUCUUCCUGGGAGCCAUCUUCCAGCUCAUCUGUGUGCUGGCCAUCAUCGUACCCAUUCCCAAGUCCCACGAGGUGGAGGCCGAACCGUCUGAGCCCAGAAGUGCUGAGGUGAUGAGGAAGCCCAAGGCUGCUAUUCCUUCUGUGAACAAGAGGCCCAAGAAAGAGACUAAGAAGAAGCGGUAGAAGAGGAGGCCCGAGGAGCCGGGCGGGCAGGGAGAGGGUCUUGGGGACAGCCCUCCUGGGAAUCUACAUCGUGCUCCCCCCCAUUCCAGGCUCAGGGUCUGAGGAGGCUGUGACGCCCUCUGACCGCAGAGAUCUAGACAGUCAUGACAGUCCCCAGGCUCCAGCUGGGUAAUCCACCACUUCCUCUUCCUUCUGCUUCUGUGACAGUUUAGAGUCAAGGGGACUGAAACACACUGUGAGCAUAGAUUGUAUUAGGUUUGUUCAGAAGCCGGGUCAGCUCACAGAGUCGCAUUUUCUUACUUAGUCAUGUGUCCCUCCUUGAAUCGCCCCCUCCUUGUGGGUUUACACUACAUUUUGGAGUCAUUGUCUAAUGCUGACAAGCACACCCUCUCCCAUUAUUUGUGCACUACAGAUCUGCUAAUCAGUCACCUUUGUUGCUGCUGUGUAGACAGAGCCAGGCCUCACCUGUUUGUUUAGGCCAAGAUGCCAUGGACAUGCAGCAUUAGUGAUCCCACUAGCUGUGACAGCCAGGCCCAGAAAAUGCCUGGCGUGAGAGCCAGCAGACGGCCAGGCCAGGGUAGGCAGUGCCUGCUUCUGCUCCGUCAGGUGCAGGGGAUUUGGCUGAAGGCGUGCAUAUUUCCUGGGCACAAACUUCCUGAGCCUCUGAAAUGGGAGGCUCGUCAAUUUCAGACCAACCUCUUUUCAACCCAUCAUACCACGUUCAAGGUGUGCCUUUUACUUCUACCUGUACAUCCCCCAUCCCUUCGAUUCUUUCAUUCCCUGACCAGUGAGAGGGUUCCUGGGGGAAGUAUGGUGAAUAAACUGACAUGCAUGCUUCAGAA